GGGUUGGGGGAAUGGGGAGCAGGAAUGGGGUUGUCGGGUUGGGGGCGAGGGCAGGCGGCAAUUUAUUUGGAGACAGGAAUUCCGUUGAAGUUUCCAGUCUGGGCUGCGCGGGAGCUCCGGGGUAAGCCGUUUAGGGGGCCAAAGGGGCGCAGCAAGGCCCGCGGCCAGGGCUCCCCGGGCCGCUCCUCCGCCCGCAGGCGUUGGCCGCCAGAGCCGCCUUGCAAGGGGACACAGGUGCCGCGAGAGAAGGAGAAACAGUGGGUGCCCUGGAAUGGGCUCAUUGUGAUUGGGAAGAGGAUAGAGCUCCUGGGAAGAAACACGCUAAAGCCUAGAAUGGGGGACCCGAAGUUUGAGUCUGAGUACUGGCGGCCAGAGGGCUUGGGAAAGAUGCUGUUGAAAGAGAAAUUAGAAGUGAGUCAGGAGGAGGUGCACUUGAGCCCGCACAGCGUAGCAAGUCCAUCACAGGCUCUCGCAGACCUGGGGAGAGAUGGUCCAGAGGAGGCUGAGGAAAAGCAAGAGGCCGAAGGGAAAACUGAGGCUGAAUCUAGUGCAGUGAUGAUCGCAGAGUCUAGGAGCGCGUCUGUGUCUGAAGAGAGGCCAGAGAUGAUGGAGGCUGGGAGGGGGUCAGCGUCCGAAGAGAGGUUGGGGCCCACGGUCUGGAAAGAGAAGUCAGAACUUAGUCAGGAAGAAACAGAUGAGAAGGAACCGCACGGUGUAGCAAGUGCGUUACAGGCUUCUGCAGACACGGGGAAAGACGGGCCGGUGGAGACUGGGGAAAUGCAAGAAGAAGUCGGGGAGGAGACUGGGGCUGAAGCAGGCACAGAGGUGAUAGAAGAACCUAGGAGGGAAUCUGUGUCUGAAGAGAAGUCGGAAGUGACAGUAGAGUCCAGGAGAGGGUCUGCAUCUGAAGAGAGGUUGGAGGUGACAGCGGGGUCCAGGAGGGGGUCUUUGUCUGAAGAGAAGUCAGAGGAGGCAGUGGAGUCCAGGAGGGGAUCUUUGUCUGAAGAGAAGUCAGAUGAGGCAGCAGAGUCCAGGAGGGGGUCUGCAUCUGUAGAGAGGUUGGGUUCUACAGAGGACAAGGUGGGGACCAGUGGAGAGGAUGUGAGAUCCAGAGAGGAUCAACUGGGACAGGAUGAGGAGUUGAGGUGGAGUGGAGAGAGUCUGGAGUCCAGAAGAGAGAAGCGGAGGCCCGCUGGAGAGAAGCGGCCUGUUAGAGAGAGGCGUAGGUCCAUUGUAGAGAAGCCCAUGUUCAGGGCAGAGAGGCGGGGGUCCACUUUUGAGAAGCCCAUGUUCAGGGCAGAGAGGCGGGGAUCCACUUUUGAGAAGCCCAUAUUCAGGGCGGAGAGGCGGGGGUCCACUUUUGAGAAGCCCAUAGUGCAUGGAGGAGAGAGGCAGGGAUCAGUUGGAGAGAAGCCGGUAUUCAGGGCAGAGAGGCGCGGGUCCACUUUUGAGAAGCCCAUGUUCAGGACAGAGAGGAGAGGGUCAACUUUUGAUAAGCCGAUAUUCAGGACAGAGAGGCGGGGGUCCACUUUUGAUAAGCCGGUAUUAAGGGCAGACAGACGGAAAUCCAGUGCAGAGAAGUCAAAGAUGCAUCGAGAAAAACUAAGGCUCAACAGAGAAAAUUUGAGAACUGGUGAUAAAAUGGAGGAGCAUUCUAGUGAGGAGAAUUUGGAGGAAAGUUCAAGAAUGGAAAGUGUAAGUGAAGAGAACAUUGAAAAACUAGAAGAAGCUGCUAGUGAUGAAAGAGUGGUUGAAGUUACCAAUGAGGAGAUGGAAAUUCCUUCUGAAAGUGUGGACGAGAAAGAUGAAAAGCUAGAAGAGAUUGAGGAAAAACCUGAAGCUGAUGAGGAUGCCUUGCCUGAAGUGGAAGAAGAUGGUGAUGAAUCUGCUUCUGUGGGGGAGAAAGACAUGCUAGAAGAAAUAGAUGAAAUAGAUGAAGAGCCCAGUGAAUGAGGCAGUUGAAGGACUGAAGCUGAGAGAGUAUGAAAAGUAAAAGAGGAAAAGUUAGUCAAGCACCACGUUAUUGAUGCCAAAGGGGUAAAAAUGAGAGAGGAAAGCAGAAUCCGAGCCAAGAAGAAGAGUGAGAAUUGAGAGUUACUGGACAUUAAGCAGGACCAUUACCGAGGGAAGCCAAGAUAAGCAAUGGAGAAAUGGGAGCAUUUUGAGAAGAAAGAGAAGAGUGGGUAAUGAGUUGAUGGGUAAAGGAAAAUUGGAUAUUGGGUUCUUGAAAAGCUGUUUGAGAAGUAAACUGGAUGGGCUAGAAGAAUUUCAUCUGAACGUGACCGCGUGUACGAGACAGAGAAGGAUGCCUCGUGAGGAAAACCAGGAGGAGAGCAAGGGAAAGGACAGAUACUGUGCCGUGAAGGAGCAGCAGGCGGAAGUGAGCAAAACGUCUGAAAGCGCAUCCUGAAAAAUGACGGGCUUCAAAGUGAGGAGAGGAAAUAAGCACAUUAAGAGAUCUGUGCCUUCCUGAGAUCAUCACACCCAGCCUCCUCUAGUGACUCUGCAAGCUAAGGAACUGCCAGCUGUCUCACAAGAGGCCUGUGUGGCACAAGAUUUCUGGAUGACAUUUUCACGUGGGAUAUCAGAUGCAUUCCAGCCGGGCCACAGAUGGACAAGUGAAGACAGAGACACCGUGACAAGUGCCAGCCACUUCGAACCAUUCCAGAUGCCAGGACGAUCUCAGGAACCAUUCCAGACACCAGGACGAUCCUACCAGAGAACAAAACUGACCCUGUUAUCUUGGAACUUACAUUAUCAUGGAAAGCAAUGCACACAGAGAGUCAAUGUGUAAAAUACUCUAAGAAUUUGGAAGAAAAAUCAAGCAGGGCUAGCGAAGCUGAAAAAGCCUUUUGUCCAGCAGAAGGCAGUCGCACACUUGGCUGGGAGAAGGAGACCCACAGGCCCGCUCGGAUGGGCCCAGCGUGCACUCAGCCUCCAGCAGAGGGCGCGUCUCCAGGAUGGCAUGGAUCAGAAAUGGAGGAGCAUAUUGAAGCAGCAUCCCAAAAAUUAGUUCUGAAAAACACCGAAAGGGAAGAAAAAUUGAGCGCCUUGAGAUCCAGCCAUGACCUAAGGGGGCCGCAAAUGAGUUGCCUCACCCUGAGGCGCCUCUCGGGGAGCCCUGGAGGCAGUGAGUGACUCAAGUCACAUGCGGGACAGGGCUGCUGACGGGCGUUUCCUGCGCCUGUCAUCCCGUCAGCCAGACACUGCACAGCGUUUGUUUGCCAAAUUGUGGUACAUUAUGCAAAUCUAAGUUCAGUGAAAUUAAUGCUUAGAAAUACAGCUAGGAAAAUCUAGAAAAGCCCUGUGACAAAGUGUGAUUACUGAGAUUAGAGUGCUUUGAACUUGAGCAGUAGGGAAUCUUGCAAACUCGUAGGAUUAACCAGGACAAGUACCCCUCUCUUAGGAGAAGCACUCACAUUUGUACAGGAUCCCAGCGCUAUGGGAGAGGUAUUUCAGGUACUUUAGGGCUGCCUUACGAGGGAAGGAAAGAGGCAGAACAUCUUCCAACACCCAGAGGAAGUUUCCUUUCCACAAAACCCUGGAGUUUGAAUCAUCUGGGUUGGUUAACUGGGCAGAAAAAGAAACCGUGAGGAAGGAACCUGCGCGCAGCUCCGGAGGACGUGACGGGGUGAACGCCACACCGCAGCCUCCUCGGUGUCCAGAGUUGAGCCCCAGCCCUUGCUGUAAGAUGUGAAGAGUCACUCCAAAUUUAUAAGCUCAUUAAACAAGUACUUUUGACUGUC